AUGAAGUAUAUCUCUAUCCUUGCCACGCUGGCUGUCGGCGCUCUAGCCAAGACCAAGCUGCUUAUCCCUUACUAUGUGUAUCCAUUCCCAGCCGACAGAUGGCAGCCGCUAUACACUGCUAUUGAGAGCAAUCCAGACCUAAUCUUCCAGGUUGUGGUCAAUGCUGGCCCCAAUGGCGCUCGCUGGGCGGAUCUUCCUGGUGGCAAUUGUGUUGCCGAUCAGGAUCCAGACCAUGGGUGCAACUUCGACUGGCGUCCCGCGGUGGCCAAGUUGAAUACCUAUAACAACGUCCAGACCCUAGGCUACGUCCGCACCAACUAUGGUAACGAGCCCUACGACAUGAUGGUCAACAACAUCACCAUCUGGUCACAGUGGAAGGACCUCGCGGGCACAGACAUAUCCAUCCACGGGAUUUUCUUUGACGAGACGCCAAACAACAAUUUGGCCCACCCGGGUGGUCAGACCGAUGUCCAGAUCAUGAAGAAUGUCACCGACGUGGCGCGCGCCAGGUUCUCUGGCGUGUCCAACUUUAGCGUCGUGUACAACGUGGGCCAGAAGUCCAAUCACGACGAGUACUUCACUUCGGGCUACGCCGACACGGUCAUCGUCUAUGAGGGAUGCCGCAUCCAAGAGACCCUGCCUGAGCUCCCGCCGCCAGACAACAACUGCCCCGGCUACAACGGACAGGCCACCAUCGACGCCAACGUGCCGGCGGGCCAGGCUGGGAAGAGCUCGAUCCUGGUGCACCACUUCGCGGACGGUCCCAACACGGCGCAGGAUCUGCAAGCGUUGAUCGACAACAUUGUUGCGAACGGGAUUCAGAGCGCCUUCAUCCUCCAGCGCACCUACGAGAGGAUCUGGGAGUCUGAGGCGCCUGCGAACAUUGGCGCUGUAGCCUCGCUCUUCACGGCUGCUAAUGCAGCUCAUCCUUGA